AUGAAGAAAAAGGUGCUACUGAUGGGAAAGAGCGGAUCUGGCAAGACCAGUAUGCGAUCGAUCAUCUUCGCCAACUACAUCGCCAGGGACACACGAAGGCUUGGAGCGACAAUCGAUGUCGAACACUCACAUGUACGUUUCUUGGGCAAUCUCGUGCUCAAUCUGUGGGACUGUGGUGGCCAGGAAUCGUUCAUGGAGCAGUACUUCGCCUCACAGAAGGACAACAUCUUCCGGAACGUGGAGGUGUUGAUAUAUGUGUUCGAUGUGGAAAGCCGUGAGCUGGACAAGGAUAUGCACUACUACCAGUCCUGCCUGGAGGCACUGCUCGUGAAUUCGCCAAAUGCGAAAAUCUUUUGCCUCGUGCACAAGAUGGAUUUGGUCGCGGAGGAUCAGCGUGACAUAAUUUUCAAAGAGCGUGAGGAAGAUUUGAAGCGUUGUUCGCGACCGUUGGAAUGUACGGCAUUCCGGACCAGCAUUUGGGACGAAACACUGUACCGGGCGUGGAGCAGUAUCGUUUACCAGCUGAUACCAAACGUGAAGGCACUCGAACAUUCGCUAAACUACUUCGCAAACGUUGUGGAUGCAGAUGAGGUGCUGCUGUUCGAGCGGGCAACGUUUUUGGUAAUUUCACACUGUCAGCGAAAGCAGCACCGAGACAGCCAUCGGUUCGAGAAGGUGUCCAACAUCAUCAAACAGUUUAAACUGUCCUGUUCGAAGCUCGGUGCGAAGUUCUCCUCAAUGGAGGUGCGCAACAGUGUGUUUGCGGCCUUUAUAGACACGUUCACCAGCAAUACGUACGUGAUGGUGGUGAUGUCCGAUCCGUCGAUACCGUCUGAAGCGACGCUGAUUAACAUUCGGAACGCGCGCAAGUACUUCGAAGAGUUGGAAAAUCCAAACAGCACCACAGGUGGUAGCCAUGCAAACAGUCAUCAUCUGCAUCACGCAGCAAUUAACCACGGCGGCCACGGGUUGGUAAACGGAGGUACACAUCCGAACCAUUAUGCUGGAAGUGGUGGAGGCUACCACCAGUACGCUGGGCAACCGCAGCAGCAACAACAGCAGCUAUACCAGCAACAGCAAGCUCCUCACCUAACGCAAUAUCAAACCUACCACCAUAAUACGACAACGAACGCUUAUCACUGA